AGAAAUCGUGGUAAACGCAAGAGUCCACCCACGGAUGAUGUUGACCCAGACCCUAAACGUACAAACGUAGAAAUGGAGGACAAUGAGACAUUAGAUCCAAAAGCCAAUGCUUAUUUGAAAGAAAUGCAAAAAUACAAUGAACGCUUAUGUAAAGAUGAUUCCGGUCAUGUUCGUCCGUUGGUCAAAUAA